AUGGCGACUGCCUCGCCGUCUCGCAGAGCCAAGAACGUCACCCAGUACGAUUUUCUGGAUGAACCCCACGUUGUUGUGACGGAUGGGACCUCCUCGCCGUCCGCUUCGUCCUUUGGCCUCAGCUUCCCCAUCGCCUCCCCCGGCCUUCGAUUGUCCCGAGAUGCGGGUGAACUGUUUCAGCUCUUUUUCAAGCACAACGUCAAGCACGAUAUCAACUUCACCUUGCGCGAGUUUGAGAAGAAGCGAGGUACCUUGCCGCAGAAGACUGUCGAGAACGCCUUCGAAGUGCUGCAACUGGCGCAUAAGAGCUACGCCAACAGCCAGCAGUUGUUCGAUCAGUAUGGCGACACUGCUGCCACCAUCUCCACGGACUGCUGCCAACUGAUCAAAACCCAGCUCUCCAAGCACACUUCCUACCAGGAAGACCGCCUACAAGCAGCGGCAGUGAGAGAGGAACAGAGACACAAGGACAAAGCACGCUACGACGACGUGCAUGAAGAAGAACGACAGCGGGUGGACGCUGAGUUCAGCGAGCUGGUGAUGACUCUGGACGAGCGGUACACGGCCCAGUUCAAGUAUGUGCCGAAGAGCCAAGACGAACGCGAGGAGCGCAAGAAGCAGAUACGGAAGGAGGUGCUGUUGCAGCAGUUGGCCAUUGUACAAAAGCGAAGGGCUGACAGAAAGGCAAGGAAGGAGAAGGAGAAGCUCGAGAAGGAGGAGGAGGAGAAGGCGAAGAAAGAGAAAGAGGAGAAGGAGAAGCUCGAAAAGGAAGAGAAGGAAAAACAGGAGAAGAUAAGGCUUGAGAAAGAGAAGGAGAAGCUCGAGAAGGAGGAGGAGGAGAAGGCGAAGAAAGAGAAGGAGGAGAAGGAGGAGGAGGAGAAGGAGAAGCUCGAAAAGGAGGAGAAGGAGAGGCUUGAGAAGGAAGAGAAGGAAAAACUCGAACAGGAGAAGAUAAGGCUUGAGAAAGAGAAGGAGAAGCUCGAGAAGAAGGAGGAGAAGGCAGAGAAGGAGAAGGCAGAGAAGGAGGAGAAGGAAGCCGUCGCUGCAACGACAAGCGACGCGACCCAAGAAGAACAGCCACCGAGCAGCGACCAGAGCACAGACGAUCAGUCCGCCCCGCUCGAGCACGGAGAAGAGGCCAAGCCAAACGAAAACGGGCAUGCAGUAGAGGAAGAGACAACCACAACCACACCAGAGGAAGAGGACGACGAAACCAUACCGGACGAGGUGAGCGAGUUGUUGCCAACGAUUUGA